AUGCCCAAUGAUUUCAUAUUGUUGGUAAUUUUGGCGUUGGCGUUGGUAAGCGGCGUGCGAGCUGACGAAGUGACUCAAGAAACGGAUACUCGCAUCGUGGGAGGAUCCGAAGCAGUCGAUGGUGAAUUCCCUCAUCAGGUGUCACUUAGGCAAAAGUAUAGUAAAGGAUGGCAUCAUUUUUGUGGUGGAUCUAUCUUGUCGGCUAGAUGGAUUUUGUCAGCGGCCCAUUGCACUGAAAGGUUCACGAAGGAUCAGAUAAGAGUUGUCGUGGGUACGAAUUCUCUUAAUUCCGGCGGUGACCUUUAUGAAGUAGAGAAAAUCAUUCGCCAUGAGAAAUACAAUAACACGUCUUUCGCCAACGAUGUUGAAGUUAUAAAAGUGAAGAAGGACAUUAAAUUUGGUGCCAAAGUAAAAGCUAUCUCGUUGCCAACCUCUAACACAGGCGGAGAUGUUCAGUUAGUUACAUCAGGAUGGGGUUAUAUUGACAUUUAUCACAGUCAACCAAACAAGUUGCAGAAGCUUACCGUCAAAUCGCUUUCUGUGAAGAAGUGUCAAGAGAGUGAAUUAAGAAUAUACAGAUAUAUCAAUCCUAUAACAGAAAACCAAAUUUGCACCUUCAAGAAAGCCAGAAUGGGCAUCUGCCAGGGUGACUCGGGAGGUCCACUUACAGAAAACAAAAUUCUAGUGGGCAUUACGUCGUGGAAUAUUCCUUGCGCUCAGGGUCGACCCGACGUCUUCACUAGAGUUUUUUCAUACGUAGACUGGAUUAAGAAGCACGCUAAGGACUAA